UCCUCUCUCCAAGACCUCAGUUUUUUUACACAACCUCGGUCCUUGAAAUAAGAGCCCUUCAAGCAACCUGGAAAACGUUUGGUCAGCAAAAAAAAAAAAAAAAAGGAAAAAAAAAGAAAAAAAGAGUCCUCCUGUUUUUCCAAAGGAUCUGUCUCAGGAAUUUAAAGCACAUUUAAGACACACACACACUCACAUAACAUAAGGAGGGGGGGAAAGGCUCUUCCCCUCCCCUUCUUGCAGAAAGCAUGGAAGAAAGCUCCAGUUCUCCUGUUUCCCCUGUGGAUAGCUUGGGGACCAGUGAAGAGGAGCUGGAAAGGCAGCCAAAGAGAUUUGGCAGGAAGAGAAGAUACAGUAAGAAGUCCAGCGAAGAUGGCAGCCCCAACCCAGGGAAGAGGGGGAAGAAGUCCAGUCCCAGCUCCCAAUCUUACGAAGAACUGCAGAGUCAGAGGAUCCUGGCCAACGUCAGAGAGAGGCAGAGGACUCAGUCUCUCAACGAAGCUUUUGCCGCCCUGAGGAAAAUCAUCCCCACGCUGCCCUCUGACAAACUGAGUAAAAUCCAGACGCUCAAGCUGGCGGCGCGGUACAUAGACUUCCUCUACCAGGUGCUACAGAGCGACGAGAUGGACAGUAAGAUGACGAGCUGCAGUUACGUGGCUCAUGAGAGGCUCAGUUAUGCCUUCUCUGUGUGGAGGAUGGAGGGAGCGUGGUCCAUGUCGGCCUCCCACUAGCGACCGCCCGGGCCGGGCCGGGCCAGCCCAAGGGACUGUCCAGUGUCUGCGACUGAAGUGGAAUUGGGAUAUAUCCAAGUUUGUAGCUUCUGAAACCUUAAAAACCUCAAGAAAACUGGUCCAAAAGACCCCUCUUGACCUCCCUCGCUCUGAACUCUUGCGGAGCAUUUUAGACUGAGCAGCAAAACAGCACCGAAGAGAAGGGGCUGAGACUUUGCAACAUCUCUUCCCAGAACGACUGACCAAAGAGAGAAAGAGAAGCAACAUUCCUGGUUGUUCAUUGUUGUUGGGAUUUUUUGUCUGUGUGUUUGGUGUUUUAUGGCUAAUUUUUUAUUUUAUUUUUUUUUUAUUUUUUUUCUGGAAACUAUCUUAAUUCAGGAACACGUUUAUGAGGCAUCUUUGGGUUUGACUUUUACUACCCCUUAACUGCAAUCUUCUUUUUUAUUUUGUUUUUUUUUUAAAUUCCAAACCCCAUUUCUUGUACAGCAAAACUGGACCAAGGCUCUCAGCAAAAAAAAAGGAAAGGAAGGAAAAAAAUCCCACCAUGCCCCUAGCUCCCUCCAUGAUUUGUUUCAAGUACAGCCUGGAUUACAGACUGCCCUCCACACUCUGCCAUCCUUCCCUUAUUGCUCCAUGAUUUGCUACCGCUCAUCCCCUUCCCCCUUUUUUUAUUUUUUUUUUAAUUUUUUUUUUAUAUUUUUUUGUUUUGUUUUCAUUUUCUGUUCCAGUGUAUAUGUUGCUUAUUUGUUUUAUUUAUUGAGAUAUUUUUAACGAGCUAAGAGACUGCAAUGUCGCUGUGUAUACUGCUUCUCUUGCCAGUAAAAAUAAAGAUGUCAUGCAGCUA